AUGUUCAGACUCAAUCCAUCACCGUUAAUUUACCUGCAGAAUCCAUCUUUAGGGAACUUUCUUUUCAAUAUCCAAGUACACUGUCAUGUCCAUGUUCACAAACAUCCAUUCGUCAAGAUCAUUUUAUAUCUUUCAAUCCUCAAUAUCAUUCUAUCUGNCAGUGAGUUCGCAGCUGAGUACGUUCUUACCAAUGAAGUUCUGACCUAUGAAGCUUUUGACUAUCAAAUCGAACAACUUGUCAGCCAAAUGAAAUCAGCAGCCACCAGUAAUAUAAGACACAUCAGUGAUUUUCUUUCAUUACAUAUUUUUCAAAACCAUAUUUUUACGGCGCUGCGUACCAAUCUCCGCUAUAGAGUCAUGCCUGGAAGUUCAUUUCUUAUUAACAGUGUUAUGCAAUAUUAUACUUCAAGUACAAUUUGUUCGUGCGAUGAUGAUAUUGAUUGUACGUUACAAGCUAAAUUUUACAACUUCUCGGGCUAUAAUGCCGCAAAUGAUGCGUCAACUUCGACAAUGACUCCGCAAUUAUCGGUAUUAUUCACUAUACCGGGUCUGAUGAUCGGUUGUUUACCUUACAAUUCAUUGCUACUAUCAACACUCGAAUGCUUCUACGAUUCCUCCUGCAUGGAGCAAAUGCGAAACUACAUUCCAAGCUUUUCAUCAGUUCCACCAUUAUCAUCGUCUCGGUUUAAUUAUAGUACGAAAGUGAACACGCUUUUAGAUCAACUCUUCGUUGAAGUAUGGAAUGCAGAGCAUAAUUUCUCCGCUUAUUAUAAAGUCUGUUCACCAUCGUCAUGUACCUAUUCAUAUGAACGACGAUUGAAUUUCUUGUAUGGUAUUGUGACAGUAAUUAGUCUUCUUGGUGGUCUCAAUAUGAUUAUAUACAUCUCUGCACCAAUCAUCACUCGAAUCAUUCGACGAAUACAACGAUCGAAAUGCUGUUCGACGACAGGCGAUGUUAGAUUAUCUAAAAGAAAAAUUACUCACACUAAACGUUACAAAAAGCGCUUACUCUCUAUUAUUCAUAAAAUCAAAACGAAGAUGGUAAGAUUCAAUAUCUUUCGAUCAUUGGCUGAUCCCAUCGAUGGACUAUAUUCUACACGUCUGUAUUUUCUAUUACUUCUCAUUGGAAUCGUUGUUUUACUCUUUUGCACAUCAUUCUUUCCUCAAUUGUACACGGUCACUGUCAAUCAACCAUCAAUAAAUAAGUAUAAACAGUUAUCUAGACGAGACUUUACAACACUUAUCUGCCCAUGCACUCAUCUAUCUGUACCCUACUCAUCGAUUAUAAAUCUUAACGUUCGUUAUCAUCAAGUGUGCACCAGUGACUUCAUUAAAAACGACGCUUGGAUGCUUUACUUCGAUAAACGCUCCGUACCUCUCUACACUCUCGAUUUUCGUGUUCAAGGUGGAUCUUUAUUCGCCGUUCUUCAAAUAUUAUGUCAAAUGUCUAACGAGACAGUUACCAAUGAACUAACUACCUUUAAUAACAUGCAAUUUGUCGNAGAUUUUCCAGUCUCUUCUCAUGAGAUCGAUUCUUCCACUGAGAAUCAAUAUUUCAUUGUUAUAACAAUGGCAUCCUUGAAUCCACAUUUCGCAUUAUUUCAUGUAUGA